AUGUCUGGUCUAGGAGGCGACUUCGCCGUCCAAUUUGCCCGUGAAACAUGGGCCUUAUAUGGCGUCGGCGUGCUGGGCGCCGUGUUGCGAUUCACGGCCCGUAUUCGACGUCUAGGUAUUCGCAACCUUCAAGUGGAUGACUAUCUUAUGCUCUUCGCCGUCGUCUGGUACACAUUACUAUGUGUCGCCUUAAAUCAAGUUGCUUCUGGCGGAGGGUCCAAUCUCAUGACCCCCGAAGAUAUCAAGAAUAUGACCGACAAGACUUAUGCCGAGAGAGUCAGUGGGAGUAAAUGGGUCUUUGUGUCUGAACACUCUUUCGUCCUUUGCAUCUGGGCCUUGAAGGCAUGCAUGUUGGUGAUCUACGCUCGUAUCACCGAGGGACUCAAGCAAAGACGUUGGAUUAACUACAUCGCCAUCUAUGUCGCACUCGGCUUCGUCGCUACAGAGCUGUCGCUCUUCCUCAUCUGCCGUCCCUUGACCGACUACUGGGCCGUCCCCACAUCCAACUACCAGUGCUCGUCCUACCAGUACUACGAAGUGGUGCAAGGCUGCAUCUCCAUCUCCGCCGAUAUCUUCAUGCUUCUCAUCGCCAUCCCACUCCUAAUGCAGGUCCGCGUCCCACUCAAGCAAAAGCUCAUCCUCAUCCUGCUCUUCGGCAUGGGAGUCUUCGUCAUUGUCGCCGCCGUCCUCAACAAGGUCUACUGUCUCGUCCCAUCUUUGAUUUCCUACGUCUACAUGAACUGGUACUUCCGCGAAGCCACCGUCGCCAUCCUCGUCACCAAUUUCCCUCUCGUCUGGUCUCUGCUCCGCGAUGUAUUCCCCGCCCUCAAGUCCUGGACCGGAGGCUCCAAACGCGGUACCGAUCGCUACAAGUCCGGACCCUGGACCAGCAAAGGCGGUUCCAAUCUUCCGCCCUACGGCCCAUCCAGUCAUUUGCGUUCCGGGGAUUUCAGCAUGCAGGAUUUCCAACGUUCCGCCACCGUUACUCCGCAGAAACCAACGGUCUCGGAUGUUAGCCUUCCCGAAGAGCAUGAGGCGAGUAGUGACGAUGGCUCUGCUCGUGCUUUGCGCAUUCGUCAGGACAUGACCGUGACCGUGGAGUAUGACAAUCGAAACAGCACAUACCCAUCCAAUCAGUCAAGUUCAUCCCAUGUGCGCCCACGUGAAGAUGUCUAG